AUGCCGGUGUUGAAGCAGCUGGGCCCCGCGCAGCCCAAGAAGCGACUGGAGCGCGGAGCACUCUCUAUCUCGGCGCCCCUUGGAGACUUCAGGCACACAUUGCACGUGGGGCGCGGUGGCGACGCCUUCGGGGACACCUCGUUCCUGAGUCGCCACGGGGGCGGCCCGCCCCCCGAGCCCCGCGCGCCGCCAGUCGGGGCCCCACACUCCGUGCCUCCACCUGCAGUCCCACAGCCCCCUGCUCCUGCUCUCCUCGUGCCUUCACCUGCGGACCCGCUGCUGUCCUUCCAUCUGGACCUGGGCCCCUCUAUGCUGGACGCAGUGCUAGGCGUCAUGGACGCGGAGCGCGCCCAGACAACCAAGCCCGUCGGGGACGCCCACCCUGGAAUGCAGCACCCGAAGGCCUGCUGCCGCUCCAAUGCAGACCUCCCGCUGGACGAUGUCAUAGGCCUGUAG